GAAUAAUCUCAGAAACGGCGGUCAGAGCAACCUCAGCCUCUGUGUACGCCGAGCCCAACAGGAAACGCAAUAUCAAAAACAGCAACGGAGGUCUAUUCAACUCAAGCUUACAUACCAGAACAUGACGGCCUUUCCCCCCCCUCCUGUCAGUACGAUUGACUGGACCAAUACGAAGGACUCCAAAGUCCACGAAGUCAACGGCCAUAUCGAGUCUACCUACUCAAAGGCAACUGGCAAAUGGACACCGCUCAAGUUCAUCUCCGACCCGUACAUGCGCAUCCACGGCAUGUCGCCAGCCAUCAACUACGGCCAGCAAGCUCUGGAAGGUUUCAAGGCUUUCCGAAUGCCUGGAAAACCUGGUGGCAUCGCCCUCUUCCGCCCCGACCGCAACGCUAUGCGCUUUCAACAUUCCGCCGAGGUGCUCUCGAUGCCGCCAGUCCCUGCUGAUAUGUUCCUGUGGGCGUGCCGCGCCGCGGUCGCGCUCAACGCCGAAUACGUACCUCCACAUGAGUCUGGUGGGGCACUCUACGUCCGGCCCCAGCUUUACGGUUCAAGUGCGCACCUUGGACUCACAGCACCAGAUGAGUACAAAUUCUGCGUAUUCGUUGUUCCGACAGGCGUGCAUUUAGGAACACAGCCAGUCAAAGCGCUGAUCCUAGACGACUUCGACCGUGCAGCGCCUAAGGGCACGGGCCAUGCCAAGGUGGGUGGCAACUAUGCCCCCGUAUUGAGGUGGAGCGACCAGGCAAAGACAGAAGGGUUUGGCAUCACACUGCACCUGGACAGUGCGCGGCAUGAAGAGGUGGACGAGUUCAGUACUUGUGCGUUUAUCGGUGUGCGUUCUCAAGGGAGCAGUGACGACGACGUGACACUGGUGGUCCCCGACUCGCCUUGCGUCAUUGACAGCGUCACCAGCGACAGCAUGCAGCACAUCGCCCGUAGCAACGGGUGGAAGGUUGAGAAGCGGUCUAUCCAGUACGCGGAACUGCCCGCGUUUAGCGAGGUGUUAGGCGCUGGAACUGCGGUAGCCUUGGUGCCAAUACGGUCCAUUACCAGGCGUGUGAUGGGGGCUAGCGCUGAGUCGGAAACGGUGAGAUACCUCCCCGAUGAUCAGCACAGUGGCGGGCUAGUAUACCUCAAGCUACUAGCGCAACUGGAGGGCAUCCAGCGGGGCAAGGUACAGGACGAGUUUGGGUGGCGCUUUGAGGUGCGGGCGGAGGAUCAAGACAUCCACUAG